AUGACCAUCGAAAUUGCCAUCAUCGGUAGCGGCCUCAUCGGCACGCUGCUCGCGCUGGGCCUCCUGAACCGCGACUCCCCGCACCUCCGCAUCCAGGUCUACGAGCAGGCGGCGUGCCAUCGCGAGCUGGGCGCGGGGAUCGGCUUCACGCGGGCCGCGCGCCACUGUAUGAUGCGGCUGGACCCGCGGCUGGACGAGUGUCUGCGCGCGGUGGCGACGGAGAACGGCGAGCCCGACGACCCGGACUACAACAUGCGGUUCGUGGACGGAUACCACACGUACGUGGACGACGACAACGAUCAGCCCGUGGGCAUCGAGGGGAAAGUCUACAAGCUGUACGCGGGGCCACGGGGAUUCGAAGGGUGCCACCGGGCGCAGUUCCUGGAGGAGAUCAUGAAGCUGAUGCCCGAAGGGGUGGUGCAGUUUGGUAAACGGCUGGAGAGGUACAAGUACUUAGAGUCUGGGAGGAUCCAGUUGGUGUUUGGGGAUGGGAGUAUCAGGGAGGUUGAUGGAGUAAUCGGCUGCGAUGGCAUCAAAUCGCGCGUGCGCGACCUCAUGUUCCCCAACGCCGACCACCGGCCCCGCUACGCGCACCAGCUCGCCUACCGCGGCCUGAUCCCGAUGGAGCAGGCCAUCGCGCAUCUGGGCCGCCACCGCGCCCUCCUCCAGCACAUGCACUGCGGGCCUCACGCCCACGUCCUGCACUUCCCCGUCGCCAACCAGAAGCUUUUGAAUGUGGUCGCGUUUGUCCCGGACCCCAAUGACUGGGACGUGUCGAGCUUCACCGGCGCAGCCACGACCACUGCCACGACCACUGCCACUGCUACCCCAAUCCCAGAAGAAGCCACCACGACCACCACAACCAGAAGCAAAAGCCCCAGCCGGAACCCCAGCACACCAACCAACAAUCCCACCCCCAACCUCAACCCCCCCAGAAUCCAAGACCGCACCACCACCCCGGACGGCACCAGACCAGUCCCAACCAGCACCAGCACCAGCCCUACAAACCCCAUAAACCCACCAUCAGACCGAUCGCCAUCCCGAUCCCCCUCAACCUCCACAAAGUCCAACCCCACCACCCCCAAAACCCACCUCCUGAACACCUUCGCAACGUGGACCCCCUUCCUCCGCACCCUCCUCACCCUCCUCCCCCCCACACUAACCCAAUGGCCGAUCUUCGACCUCUACACUCACCCCCCACCCACCUACGCGCUCUCCCGCGUCUGCCUCGUCGGCGACGCCGCACACGCCGCAUCCCCGCAUCACGGGGCCGGAGCAGGGGUGGGGGUGGAAGACGCUCUAGCCCUCGUCACCGCCCUGACGUGCGCGGAGGCCGAUAUCCUGACCAGAAAGCUGACGACGCCGCAGGCGCUGGAGGUGGCGUUCAAGGCGUACUCAGAUGUGCGGUUUCAGCGGUCGCAGUGGGUGAUGCGGAGUAGUCGGGAGGUGUGCCGGGCGUAUGAGUGGGAGCUGUUCGAGGGGCAGGAGGGGGCCGGUGGGGAGGUGACGGCGGAGACGGGGAUGAUGGGCCGGGUGUUUGAGGAGAUUCGGCGGCGGACGAUGACGGUGUGGGGGUUGGAUGUGGAGGGGAUGGUCGGCGAGGUGCAGAGGCAGUAUUCGCGCGGGACGUGGGGGUAUUCUUGUUUUUGA